CAGUUCAAAACAAAAUAUUUGUUUUACGUAUGUCUCUAUCUGAUCUUUUGACAGCUCGACUUGUUCUCAUUCACGCUUUUACGUUUGUGCUCCAAGUUCUCUUUUGACUUGUGUUGCGUGAUUGCGCAUUAUUAGCAUGGCAAGUAAAAAAGUGGCCAUCGUCGGGAGUGGAUUGAUAGGACGUAGCUGGGCAAUGUUAUUUGCUGGUGCAGGGUAUAAUGUCCACCUGUAUGAUGUAACACAAGAACUUGUUGAGAAUGCUAUUAAAGACAUUGAAGAACAGCUGCAAGCUUUGGCUACCUCUGGACUUUUAAGGGGUAACUUGAGUGCAUCUGAGCAGCUGAAAUUGAUAACUGGAACCAAGACUUUAAAAGAAUGUGUGCAAGGAGCAUUGUAUGUCCAGGAAUGUGUCCCUGAAAAUCUUGAACUGAAGAAAAAGGUUUUUGCUGAGUUAGAUGUGCUUGUUGAUGAUAGUGCCAUCAUUGCAAGUUCAACCAGUUGCACACUUCCAUCCUUGUUUUCUGAAAACAUGAAAAAUAGGCAGAAUGUUAUAGUAGCUCAUCCAGUAAAUCCCCCGUUCUACGUACCGUUGGUUGAGCUUGUACCCGCACCGUGGACGUCACCAGAGGUUGCCAUCAAGGCUCGUCAAAUAAUGGAGGAACUUGGACAAAAACCUGUUUCCCUUUCUAGAGAAAUUCCUGGUUUUGCAUUGAACAGAAUUCAAUACGCAAUCUUGAACGAAUGCUGGUAUCUGGCCCAGGAAGGUAUUCUAGACGUCGCUGACAUUGAUUCGGUCAUGAGCCAUGGAUUAGGGCCCCGUUACGCUUUUAUGGGACCGUUGGAAACGGCUCAUCUCAAUGCUGAAGGGAUGGAGAAUUACUGCGAACGCUACGGCGAGACGAUUUUCAACGUGAGCAAAACUUUGGGCCCCGUUACCCGUUUCGAGGGAGCCAAUCUGCAGAAAGUCAACCAGCAGUUGGUUGAUCAAGUGCCGUUAGAAAAUCUGCAGGAGAAAAGAGCUUGGCGCAACAAUUGUCUCUCUUCAUUGGCUCAACUGAAACAAAAUAUCGAUAAGAAAAAGACUGAUUAAAAUCACUUUUUGUAUUUGUUGUUGAAUCCCGUAGGCCGUAGUUGAAAACCGAAAUUGCUUUCCCAGACUCACGGACCCCUUAUUUGUUUUUCUAGAUAUAUAAUAAUUGUGUUAAAAGUGUUAAUGCUAUAAUUCUAAAAUACAGAAAUUAAUCAAAUUGUAUUUGCAAAAAAACUGCAA